CUCGGCCAAUCUCGUAUCAUGAGGUUAAUUUCACUUUUAUUUCUCACAUAUAGCCUUGUGGAUGUCAUUGGGAACGAAGUAGAGGCCAGAACAGAGAGUUCUAAGCCGCCCCUCAGGAAGGAUGCCGAUCAAGAUAAAAUGGGCUUUAAACUGGCGGAUUUAGAAACCGCCAGAGAUAUUUCAGAGUUUGUGGCUCCAGAGAAGCCACCAAAGUACUUUGGAAUCGAUAUAGACGGGACAAUGUACGCGGAAGGCCAAGAAGAACGAGAGAAGAAUAUCAAGACAUUCGCACAGGUCAUGGAAAAGGGCCACACACCCUUCUUUUGUACAGGUCGCUCGUAUAGGUCCUCCAUGAGUAUAUUUGGAGGUGAUCUUGAAAAUAAUACCACUUACAAGGGCUAUCCUGGAGUGUACAAUAAUGGAUCGUCCGUUUAUGACAAGGACGGAAACAUCGUCUUCUCGCGUACAUUUCAACGGGAUUUCCUAGAGGCAUUCAUAGCCUUUUUAGAGAAGAAGGGAAUACAAAACAAAUGUAUAUUUUACACCGAAACAAACGACUUUUCAAUCGGUGAAUUUGAUCCGAAAUGGAAGGCAACCUUGGACAGUAGAAAGAUUCCAUAUCCAGAGCCAAAGACUGCACAAGAGAUUUUAAACAUGAAAGUUAUAUACCUAUCGGUCGAUUGUGACCAUUAUGACCUUGGAAAUUUCAAGGAAAAUGUAGAUUACCUCAAAAAAAUCUCCAGUUCUGGACUCUAUAACGUUACUCCCGGGAAUGUAAACAAAGCUCUCGGUCUCACAAAAUUACUUGAGCACGUUGGUGCAAAUGUAGAAGACCUAGGAUACAUUGGUAAUGCCGAAAAUGACAUUGAAGCCAUGGAGUUGUCUCCUUUAUCCUUUGCGGUAGCAAAUGCCAAGGAUGAUGUAAAGGAACACGCCAAGUGGAUCCUAGAUAUAACAUGUAACGAAGCCGGUGUUGCAAAGGCACUCGCACUCGUCUAUGGGUUACAAAUCCCAUGAUUCACACACAAAUGCAGUUUUAACUUUUUCACUGGGUAAACUGUUCCAAAAAUGAUGCUUGUAUG